UCUCGUGUAUUUCUGUAGCGGAAGUGGCUCGCCGGAGAGUUUCGGCUGGCUGACAGCAGAGGGAGAGAGAGGGAAAGAAAGAGAAAUGGCGCCUCGACACUCUAGUAGCUGAGACACAUUCAGAACGAACGCAGCUGACAAGAGCUACAGGACUGGAUCUGUCUAUCAGCGGGGACAGACAGCAAUCAUGGUGAACACCAGAAAGAGCUCGGAGCACAAGCCCAUCAGUCCCUUCAUCUCGGGCCGGACGAGGUCGUCUCAGAGGAGCAACCCAAACUUGGACGAGCACAACAGCCGUGUAAGGAAGAGAGAGACACCGGCAGCCUAUUCUCUCCGCCAGCCGAAGGAGCCAGGCAGUGAUGUUAACAGCAGUAGUCCACGUUUGUCCCCGCCGCCAAAGCGGACACGCAGACAGACCCCACCAAGUUCUACCGAUACUUCUCCAAGUCCCCAGAGUAAAGGCCAGAGAGGCCCGUGGACCAUGUCCAAACACUGUACUAGGUUGUCCACUGGUGCAUUGCAGAAUGGACGCAGUCGAAUGAGUCUGAGGGGUGAUUCUACAUCAGAUGGGGACCACGCUCGCAUGAACGGUCAUGUUGAGCUCAAGAGGAGCCGCCGCAUCAGGAAGUCCCAGUUCGAACACCUCAAUCAGAGUUUACUUUUCGACCAACUUGUCAACAGUACGGCAGAAGCAGUCCUUCAAGAGAUGGACAACAUCAGCAGCAUACGGCAGAAUCGGGAAGUGGAGCGCCUCCGCAUGUGGACGGACACUGAACUGGAAAACAUGGACAUGUACUCCCGUGUGAAGAGGAGGAAGUCUUUGCGUAGGAACACGUAUGGAAUGCAGGCGCAUCACAAAGUCAUGAGCAAGUCAAAGGACCCCGAAGAGGAGGAGGGAACUGAAGAGUCUCACGAAGAGGAGGAGGAGGAGGAGGAUGAAGAUGUGGAGGCUGAUGAUGAUGAUGAUGAAGACGAUGAAGGAGACGAGGCAGAAGAGGCUGGAGAGGAGAACGACAGACCUUAUAACCUCAGGCAGCGUAAAACUGUGCAGCGAUAUGAAGCACCCCCAAUAGAGCCAGUGAACAGAAAGCAGAGCAAGGGCUCUCUGUUUGACACGCACAGAUCUCCUGCAAGAAGAAGCCAUAUUAGAGUAAAGAAACAUGCCAUUCACAGUAGUGAAUCGACAUCAUCGUCUGAUGAAGAGCGCUUUGAGAGGCGGAAAAGCAAAAGCAUGAGCCGAGCUCGUAACAGGUGUCUACCCAUGAACCUGCGAGCAGAGGAUCUGUCCAGCGGUGUGCUUCGAGACAGAGUAAAAGUGGGUGCUAGUUUGGCAGAUGUGGAUCCCAUGAAUCUGGACACUUCUGUGAAGUUUGACAGUAUUGGAGGUCUCUCCCAUCACAUUCAGUCUUUAAAAGAGAUGGUCGUCUUUCCUUUAUUAUAUCCAGAAGUGUUUGAGAAGUUUAAGAUCCAGCCCCCAAGAGGAUGUCUGUUUUAUGGGCCUCCAGGAACUGGGAAGACGCUGGUGGCACGAGCUUUGGCCAAUGAAUGCAGUCAGGGUGACAGGAAGGUGUCUUUUUUCAUGCGCAAGGGCGCAGACUGCCUCAGCAAAUGGGUGGGAGAGUCUGAACGACAGCUCCGCCUACUUUUUGAUCAGGCAUACCUCAUGAGACCCUCCAUCAUCUUUUUCGAUGAGAUUGAUGGCCUCGCUCCUGUUCGCUCUAGCAGGCAGGAUCAGAUUCACAGCUCCAUAGUGUCUACAUUACUGGCAUUGAUGGAUGGUUUGGACAGCCGGGGGGAGAUAGUGGUCAUCGGUGCUACAAAUAGACUCGACUCUAUUGACCCCGCACUCAGGAGGCCCGGGCGCUUUGACCGGGAGUUUCUGUUCAACCUGCCAGAUAAAAAGGCUCGAAAGCACAUUUUAGAAAUCCACACCAGGGACUGGAGCCCCAAGCUAGCUGAACCCUUCAUAGAUGAGCUAGCUGAGAAGUGUGUCGGUUACUGUGGGGCCGACAUCAAAGCACUUUGCACAGAGGCUGCUCUAGCGGCUCUGCGGCGGUGCUAUCCUCAGAUCUACGGCAGCAGCCAGCGUUAUCAGCUGGACGUGGGCUCCAUCGUUUUGGGGGCGCAGGACUUUGGUCGUGCUCUGCGCUCCAUAGUACCUGCGGGUCAAAGGGCCCUAGCUCCGCCCGGUCAGGCCCUUUCCUGUGUGUUGAAGCCCCUGCUGGAGCCCACACUGGCCCAAACGCUGGCCUGUCUGAUGCGAGUCUUCCCCCAUGCAGAGCUCCUGCACAGGGAACACACACACGACACUGACAAUCAUCUGUUGGUGGAUGACUCGUACAGCGAGGACGAGGAAUGUCUCGGUGCUCCUUCCAUUUAUGAAACUCAGUCAGGAUCGCUGAAGGAAGCAGCUUCCUGCACGACACACAAAGCCUUUCUCCACUUUACCACUUCUGCCUACAAGCAGCCCACCUCUUACCGGCCACGGCUGCUGCUGACGGGACCCCGGGGCGCGGGGCAGAGCACACACCUGGCCCCUGCUGUGCUGCACCACCUGGAGAAGUUCACUGUGCACCGUCUCGACCUACCCACGCUAUACUCCGUCAGUGCCAAAACCCCCGAGGAGUCUUGUGCUCAGGUGUUUCGUGAGGCUCGACGCUGUGUACCCAGCAUCAUCUACAUGCCUCACAUCAGUGACUGGUGGGAAGCCAUCAGUGAGACGGUCAAGAGCAGCUUCCUCACACUCCUGCAGGAUGUACCCUCAUUCACACCGCUCCUCAUCCUCGCCACAGCAGAGACCAUCUACCAGCAGCUCCCAGACGAGCUGACAUGCAUCUUCAGCCGUUCAUAUGGGGAGGUGGUUUGUUUAAGCAUGCCGGGAGAAGAAGCACGCAGGAAGUUUUUUUCAGACCUCAUUCUUGUGCAGGCAGCCAAGGCACCACCCAGCAGGAGGAAAACCGUGAGCGCUCUGGAGGUGCUGACCCUUGCUGAAGACCCCGGUCCUCGGCAGCUCUCGCCAGAGGAGCAGCGGCGACUGGAGGAGCAGGAGGAGAACACCUUGCGCGAGCUCCGCCUCUUUCUCAGGGACGUCACAAAGCGGCUCGCCACUGACAAGCGCUUCCAGAUCUUCAGCAAACCUGUGGACAUUGAGGAGGUUUCAGACUACCUCGAGGUUAUCAAACAGCCUAUGGACCUGUCCACCAUCAUGAUGAAGAUCGACACUCACAAAUACAUGGUGGCCAAGGAUUUUCUACUGGACAUUGACCUCAUCUGCAGCAAUGCGUUAGAGUACAAUCCAGACAAGGAUCCAGGAGAUAAAAUCAUCCGCCACAGGGCCUGCAGUAUGAAGGAUACUGCGCACGCCAUGAUCGCCUCUGAACUGGACCCUGAGUUUGACCGCAUGUGUGAGGAGAUCAAGGAGUCCUGCAGGAAGAGAGGCUCUCUGACCACAGCGCAGCCGCCCGUCACUCCGAGCGCUGUGGCGACCAGGAGACCUGUGGGAGAGGAGGCGGGGUUAAGCGCUUCUCAGGGUGAUGGAGUGGACAAGCACUGCAGCACUCUGCCUGUGAAAGGAGUUUUCACGUGGGACAGUGUGAUUGUGCCUCUGGUUCAUGGCCAUUCUGUAGCUUCUAUGCCACUUAAAACACUGACUCUAAGAGAUCGAUUAGAGUAGAAUUGUGUGGUAUGACAUAACUGAGCGACUGAAGACAUGCCCGCUUAUUGAGACUAUUUAAAUGUUCUUAUUUCAUCUGAAUAGGUUUAUUUGUUU